AUGGAGGUUUCGUGCUUCGAAUUGGCUCUCGAAGGAGAGCGGGCGUGCAAAGCGGGGGAUUUCCCGGCUGGAGCUGCCUUCUUCGAAGAUGCCGUGAAGGUGGGAACGGAGGACCUGAAGACCCUCAGUGCCAUUUACAGCCAACUGGGCAACGCCUACUUCUAUCUGAAGGACUAUGCCAAAGCUUUGGAGUACCAUAAGCACGAUCUCACCUUGGCCAGAACCAUCGGGGAUCGGAUUGGAGAGGGCAAAGCCAGCGGCAAUCUUGGCAACACGCUGAAAAUCCUGGGUCGGUUUGACGAAGCCCUGGUUUGUUGCCAGAGACACCUGGACAUUUCGCAGGAGCAAGGAGACAAGGUGGGGGAGGCCCGCGCGCUGUAUAACAUCGGCAACGUCUACCACGCCAAAGGCAAGGAGGCACUGUGGGCCGUGCCCCCGGAGGAUCCCGGCCAGCCGCCCCAGGAGAUCCGAGAGGCUCUGCAAAAGGCGUCCGAAUUUUACGAGAGGAACCUCUCUCUCGUGAAGGAGCUGGCUGACAGAGCUGCGCAAGGCAGGGCGUACGGGAACCUGGGCAAUGCCCAGUACCUGCUGGGCAACUUCAGCAAAGCCAUCGUCUUCCAUAAGCAGCGACUUAACAUCGCCAAGGAGUUUGGAGACAAAGCCGCCGAGAGGAGAGCGUACAGCAACUUGGCCAACUCCCAUAUCUUCUUGGGGAGCUUCGAUGUCGCCGCUGAGUAUUACAA